CAACAAGGAGGGUGUUGUGGUGUAGAGGGAGUCCAGCAAAGCUCCACUAGAUACGCCUACUGCAGUCAGAUUCUCCUAAACUAGUUCAGUGCAGCAUCUACGAUCGUACAUCUGUUAUCAUUACGUAAUGUUUGCUCUUGUUUUGAAGCCCUAAUUUUGAAAGUCUGAGGCUACUUCCGGUUAUCUCCAGCUAGCAUCAGAAACAUCACGAUGGCAGCUGAGUCCGAGGUUCAGUCUGAGAUCGAGGUGCUGCAGUCCAUCUACCUGGAGGAGCUGCAGGUGGACAGGAGAGAGGACGGGGGCUGGCAGGUGAGUCUGGUUCUGUAUCCAUCCACUGCAGAAGACUCUGUCUCCCAGUUUGUCCGACUCACUCUGACUCUGAACCUCGAUCUGAAGUAUCCCUCGUCGUCUCCGGUCAUCUCCAUUCAUAACCCACGCGGGCUCUCCGACGAUAAACUCAGCAGCGUCCAGAAGUGUCUCCAGGCGGAGGCUGAAUCGUGGCUCGGCUCUCCGGUGUUGUAUCAACUCAUCGAGAAAGCUAAAGAAAUCCUGACUGAAAGCAAUAUUCCUCAUGGGAACUGUGUCAUAUGCCUUUAUGGUUUCAAGGAGGGUGAGACCUUCACCAAGACCAGCUGCUACCAUUACUUCCACUCCCACUGCCUCGGCCGCUACGUGGUCCACUCAGAGCGGGAGCUGCGGCAGAGGGAGAAGGAGCUGGAGGAGGAUAAAACCAGAGAUGGAAGCAGCGUUCAGGAGCUGACGGUGGUGUGUCCGGUUUGCAGAGAGCCUCUCACGUAUGACAGAAACCAGCUUCUAAAAUCUCCUGCACCUGAACUGCCUGAGCUCGAUCAGGCGGCGAUCGGCUCCGACUUUCAGAGGAAGUGGGGUCAACUCCAGAAGAUUCUGGAGAAGCAGAGGUGCAACGGCGGGAUCAUCGACCCGGAGGAGGAAUCCAACCGAUUCCUGAUCCACAUCCAGGAGACGCCUCCCGUGUCUGAAGACGUAAACCCGGAGGUCGAUGCGUCCCCACCACCCCCGGUUUCCUCCUCCUCUGAUGAAGCCGGCGUCCGAUCGGAGCGGUUUGUUCCCGGACUGUCCCGGGUCCCAGGCUUCCAGGCCAGAGCGCCGAGAAGAGGAGGAAGACCCAAACCCCGUCAUGGGCAGGGCCCCCCCAUCACAGAGCACCUGGAGCAGCUCGCUCUGUCAGACUGCACCGACCAAUCACAGGUGAUCCUGGGAGACGGUGGCCAACAGACGCCGUGCCGGACCGGGUCGGGGGAGGAACCAGAGAAGCAGGUUCCUCCGACUGAUUUAGACUGUGAGGUCCCAAAAGAUGGAGCCAGGGGACACAGAGGGAGAAGAAGGGGCCCCUACCGGCCUGCCCCGCACCACUUUGGGGCUCCUGGGGCCCCACAACAGCACCGGGACAGCCGGGUCAGAAGUCGAGGAGGUGGCGGGCCUCGGCGCGGCCAUUACACCCGGGGUCUCCAACAGAAGGUGGUGGAGCGGGGAAGAGAGGAAUUGGUAUGACAAAGGGCGACCAGAGGGUGGAGGAACGCCAGAACGCGAGCCUCCAUCAUCAGAUUAAAACGCUGCGACAGAAAGGACUCUGGACACCGCCUCCUGUCCCGCUGUCUCCAACGCACUUUUGUCUUUUCUCCAGUUGUGUCCAGCUGGUCGCUGCUUUGUGAUGUGAUGCCAAACGGCUUAAAGAACUAUAAAUUAAAUCUACUCUGGGUGUCAGUUUGGUGCAGUAGUCUCUUUCUAUUGGUUCAGUUUAUUCCAUUUAAAAGUAGUUUUUUUGAAAAAUAUAUAAAGUUUUUAUUAUGGAUGUCGACUAAUGGUUCAUUAGAUUAACAUUAGUUUCCAUGGAUUACAGCUUCUUUUAAUAUGGUUUGGCCACCGUCCAAUAGGGGGCGCCACUGAUGAUCAUCACCUAAUUUAAAAACUGAUUUGCUGUGUAGGUGAAGAUGAAACGACAGAAAAAUGGAGGUUGAAGCAAAAAAGAAAAAAAUUGUAACAAGAUGGGGGGAAAACGUGCCAUGACCUUAAACAGGAUGGAAAGACCCCAACAUGGCUGAAAUAAAACAUUUCUGCAAAGGAGAGCGAUAUGAGGCGUGUUUGUCAAACAUACACACACACAUGCAAACACUUUUAUUUGAGCCCACAUGUCUGUAUUAAAAUGUGCUGAUGUAACAUCCUAAAUAUGUUCAACUGGAAGCAGAAAAACAAAAAAUAAACCUCAGUUUAUGCUGAA